AUGGCCAGCGGCAGCCCCGCCGGGAUGGCCAGCGGGCAGCCACCCUUCCUGCAGCCCGCCUGCUUCUUCGCCGCCGCCGUGGCCGCCGCCGCCGGUCCGCCGGGGCCGCCCCCGGGGGCGCCGCCGCCGCCGCUCCCGCAACUGAGCCCGGCGGGCGGGCGGCCGUCUCCCGGCGGGAAGCCUUCCGCGGCGCGGGCCGCAAAGCGGCAGCGCUCGGCCUCGCCGGAGCUGAUGCGUUGCAAGAGGCGGCUCAACUUCAGCGGUUUCGGCUACAGCCUCCCGCAGCAGCAGCCCGCCGCCGUAGCGCGGCGCAACGAGCGGGAGCGCAACCGCGUCAAGCUGGUGAACUUGGGCUUCGCCACGCUUCGCGAGCACGUCCCCAACGGCGCGGCCAACAAGAAGAUGAGCAAAGUGGAGACGCUGCGCUCCGCCGUCGAGUACAUUCGAGCCCUGCAGCAGCUGCUCGACGAGCACGACGCCGUCAGCGCCGCCUUCCAGGCCGGCGUGCUGUCUCCCACCAUCUCGCCCGGUUACUCCCACGACAUGAACUCCAUGGCGGGUUCCCCCGUCUCCUCCUACUCCUCCGACGAGGGUUCCUACGACCCGCUCAGCCCCGAGGAGCAGGAGCUGCUCGACUUCACCAGCUGGUUCUGAGCCGGCCCCGGUAGGACGCUCGCGAAAGGGGAGAUAAGCGCCUCUCCCGCAGCCACGCUCGCAGAGCACCCCACCGCCGGCCCACCACCAACUGUUGCGUUUUCCUCUCCCCCGCCGUCGGAGGGCGGUGCGGGCACGGCU